GACGGGGUCAUCACACAAGGUCAAGGGUCAAGUACGAUACGGUUUGAGAGUGUGGAUCAUCGAACUAUGCCGCGGGAACUAAAAUGUUACCCAAAACAAGAUGGCGGUCUCGUGAGUGAGGAUGUCCUACAGAACUUGAGUGACUCAGCAAUUUUGGAAAUUUAUACUUUUUCAACUGCAAAGACCACAGAUAUGGCAGCAAUAGUGGGGGCAGGCAUUCAACCAGAAACCUCACCAAAGGACCGUGAGGUUUUCACUUUGGCAGUUAUCAUGAGUUGUGCAUUUGGAGGUUUGAUGUUCCUGUGUGUGGUGAUUAUAGCAGCCUGGGUUUACAACAAGAGGAAGGCAUCGCAGAGAACAUCUCAACUUCAAGAAACUGGAACAAGCCUAACUGGAGAUGAUAAUGCACCACAACAAGAGACUUCUUUACCCAUCCUGUUGCCAGAGUACAGUAGCCAGUCUAUUGACACAGGCUUUACAAGUGAGACUGACCCAACCCCUUCAGCAGUUGGUGUUGGCCUCCCUGUACAAGUCUCUUCCAUACACCCAAACCUACAAGAACCAAACUUCAACCCAAGAGUCCCAAUCAUGGUUUCACUGAAGACAACCACUCCUCAACACGCAGUCAGCCAGAACGCAGCUCUUGGAAACAGAGGAAAAAAACAGACCUCACCAAAAGUUGCAGCCACCCCUGAUAGAAUUCUACAUCUUAAUGAAGAAACAUCUCCAAAAGAUGAGGUAAAAGCUAUCAAAAGAUGCGGGUGCGAACCAGCCUCCAGUUUGACAUACGUAGGCAGAGCCACGCGUCCCAAAUCUGUUGCAAAUGCCAGAAAGAGAGAGGACGUAAGAAGUUCCGUCAGUUUGGAUGAGUCAACCCCCUCAGAACCCCACACUCUCUGCUCCAGCCUCCCAGACUCAGUCAGCUGUCCAGAGCUUGACGAAAUGAUCAGCGGGAAAAGUACCACGUAA